CAAAGCUGGAAAUGCUAUAAAAAGUAAUGUGAAGAAUGUAAAUGUAGAAUUUUUUGUAAAGACCUUUAGAUAUGGAACAAACUUUCCACAUCUUUUAGGGAAUGUACUGGCGUGAAAUUCAAUGACUGGCAAUGGCACAGCUGAGCACACCUCUUUAGAGGUUGUAUAACAGCUUCUCGCAUUGCAAAUUACAUUCGAACCCGAUCCUCUUUUCCAUUCAGUUUAUCGCAGAGCUUUCCAUCUUAAACAAGGAUUGACUUCGCAAAAUAUCUUCAGUUCCCCAUUGACAUUGUAAGCACCGUACUUGUGACAACCUGCCUGCUGCCUUUCCUGCUUACAAGCCCCGACCCCCCACACACAUAAACAAGCUCGCCGGCAUUUUUGCAGCUGCUUUGCUGACCUCCUGCAGUCCUACUGAGACUCAAACAUCAAGUGAUGACCUGGAUGGUGUCAUGUGAAUGACUGAAGACCAUGAAGCCCACACACAAGCUGCUGUUUGUCCUGUGCCCCAUGCUGGUCCUGGGCUUUAUUUACUACUCCUCUGGGAAGCUACAUCUACACGUAUGGGGCCAGAAGCCGCAGAGUGAUGCAGAAGAGUCAACUGUAGCCUUGCCUAAAGAGGCUGAAGUGAAAAGAAUUACAGAGUUGGAAACGGACAUCUCCGCUGGACGAAUAGUAGGCUCAGUGUAUGAUAAGCAGGGCUUUCUGCUGCAGCUGGACACAAAACUGCCACCAGAGUUGGCAUACAAGUACGGCAACCUCAGCGAAGGAGUGUGCAAGCCUGGAUAUGCAGCAGCCAAGAUGACCGCCAUCUAUCCUAAGUUCAUGAAACCAGCACCCAUGUUUCUUGAUCGGAAUUUCAAACGUCUUGCAAAAGUCAGCAAUUACUUACCUCCAUUUGGAUUCAAAACACAAGAGAGAAUCAUAGACACCAUUUUAACUACCACGAAAAAUUACGGACUUGGAGAGGAGCUGGACAGUCUCAGCUGUAAAAGAUGCAUCAUUGUGGGCAACGGUGGAAUCCUGUUUAACAAGUCUCUGGGCUCCCGUAUAGAUGACUAUGAUGUUGUAGUGAGGUUGAAUGAAGCCCCAGUAAGUGGUUACACCAGAGACGUGGGGACCAAAACCACCAUUAGGAUUACCUAUCCAGAGGGAGCCAUCCAGAAGCCUGAAAACUAUGAAAAAGACUCGCUUUUUGUUUUUUCUGCGUUCAAACCACUGGAUUUCAAGUGGCUCAGGCAGAUGGUCUUCAAGGAGAAACUGAGGGGCAUAGAGGGGUUUUGGAAGUCGGUGGCUCACUAUGUGCCUCGGGAGCCAACAGAGAUGAGAAUCCUCAAUCCCUACUUCAUCCAGGAGGCUGCCUUCCAGUUCAUAGGCCUGCCCUUCAACAAUGGCCUCAUGGGCAAAGGGAACAUUCCAACUUUGGGAACAGUUGCUAUAACGAUGGCACUGCAUAACUGUGAUGAGGUGGCGGUGGCUGGUUUCGGCUACGACAUGAACACACCCCACGCACCUCUGCACUAUUAUGAGACUGUCAAGAUGUCCGCCAUUAAAGAGUCAUGGACACACAACAUAUCCAAGGAGAAGGAGUUCCUCCGCAAGCUGGUGAAGGCCAACAUCAUCACAGACCUGACCAAUGGUAUUUGAGUUUACACACACACACCCACAGUCUCCUUCUGCCUUUCCCAAAGGACUACAAAACAGGAAACUGAGAAGACAUGGAUCGACUCUGGGAGAAAGAACCCUUAGAAUCCGGGUGGCCUGGUCACUGUCUGGGUUUCUUAUAUCAAAGGAGAUAAUUAAAAAAAAAAUAAAAACAGAUACAGGAGGUUUUCUGUGGGGAGAUGCACACAUGUGCCUUCUGAACCAAAGACUCCUGCUGUUUGAAGCAGGGAGCGGAGGGGGGGUGGGUGGACACAGGGAGGACUGGAUCUACCCGGUCUCAUUGAGAGACAGUCGCAGGAAAGCUCUGCCGGCCCCGCGCUUCAGCGUUUACCACUUCAACCCUCGGAGUAUCACAUGAACGAAUAGUACAGAGCAGAGGUGACCGUCAACAUACAGACGUCAGGAUUUAGCUUGACUCACUGGCUAACUUGACAGAGGAAUGAAACGAGGACUGUAGCGGAGAGCGUGUGCGGGGAUGGGUUGAGUAUUAGCAGUGCCAAACGUACCUCGUAGAGGGGAGAGGCCGUCCUCCUCCUUUUGCUGCCUGAAUGUAUUCACUUUCCUCAGUGUAAAUAUCAAAGAUUUUUACUGUGCUUUUUAACAAGCUGCAGCAGCCCCCCCCCCCACCCAACCCCCCCCCGCCAUGGGUUCAUUCAUUCAUUCACUUUUUUACUGCCUGUCCAGGGUCCAAAAUUAACACUUGCCGAGCCAGAUGACAGUAGAUAAAUCAGCGGGGGUCACAGUGCCACACAGACUGGUGUCACUUUGAGACACGAACAGUUGUGUGUUUUAGUAAAAUACAGACUUCAGUUCUUGCAGUUUUCUCUGUAAAGUCUUUGUCUGCAUCCAUUAAGCAGGUUCUUUCUGCUUGUUAAGUUGGUUCCACACAGAGCAGCUGUGUGUGUUGUCCUCAUGCGACUGCUCACAUCAGGUAAGAGGUCACUGAAAGGAAAAUAAAGAUUAAAGAUUCUUUACAUUAAAUAGCAUUGAAAGCACUUAUCAGGAAAAAUGUAUAUUUUGGUCUGUGUAAAUUAUUUUAAUCGUAGGAUUUUUUUGUUUCGAGUUUACCAGUUCUGGCAGGUAAGCCCAAAGGUUAAAUUCGGACACUGAUCAUCUCUCUCCUGCACCUCUUUGUCUCUUUGUAAAUCCCUCCUCCUCUCGGCUCAGUCAUGUCACGGUACUGUCUUCAUCACUUCAUCAGACAUACAGUAACGUGUCCUGGUCAAGGAGAGCAGAUUCUGUAUGUCGGGUCCCUCCUCCAACCUCCUGUUGCUGCAGAUUUUCUUGUUCUUCAGUAAAUGGUGGAAUCUCAGAUUGUAGAAUAUAAAUAUAUAUAUUUUUGUUUUUAGUUUAAUUUUAAUUAUUUAUUUUUUCUUGUUACUAAGUCCCAGCGUUUUGGUCACAGGCAGGCCUGCUUUCUGUUUUUUUUUUUUUUUGUUAAAGAAAAAUGCAAAGUUUGUGUUUUUUUUCUCCUUCUUUUCGAUUUCACCGCCAUGUGCUUCCUCAGAGACUGCAUCAUCUUUUAAGUUUGUGGCAGAAGCAGUGUUGUGAUUAAGCCAAAUAAAAACAGACUCAUCAAUGGAUUCAGUAAUAAAAUGUUGGUAGACAGCAGCCCUUUAUUCUGUGCUUUAUGCAGUUUGUGCUAACAACAGACACAUAUGAAACAUUUCUUCAUUUACAGAUGAUCUAGAGGUGAAAAUUCAUCGGUCCCAAAUUACCAUGUUGCAUGUGCUGAUCAGGCCUUUGCACUUUGCAGAUGAAGGUUCUGCCACAUACUUUUCAGUAUUUCAACACUGCAUGAACAUAGAAAGUGUUCAGUAUUACACAAUCAACCCUUUUGCUUCUUCUUCUGCCCCCCCACCUCCCUACAACAUAACAAUGCGAGAAUGUCAAAAUGUUACAUUUUCCUUUUUGUCAUCAAAUGAAUGCGAUAAUCAUCUUUAUGUGUAGUGAUGUUGCGUUUAAAUACUGCUUGACCAAAGCAGGGUUUUGUUUUACAGAUUUUGUCAAAUGACAAUUCAAUGAGAUUUUCACCCAUUUUCUGUUUCUACUUCUUUGGAAGUGCUUAUUUUAAAGUACGUUGUACACACACGGCUUCACCUCCAUUAUUCUCAGUGAGCUGCUGCUGUUGCAUCUGUUACAUCGCUCCAUCUCUUUUUCCUGAUUAGUUUUCACAAACACCGCUGGGAUCGUGCAGCAGCAGCUUGUCCUACCCAGUCAGAAUGGCUCCACUGGGUUUGAAGGAAUGGAUCACUUAUUUGGAAACUAGACCCAAUUUGGGACUUUUGUUGAGAGCAAAGGUACAGCUGACCGUUGCACUAUCAAGAGGCGCUCUCAGUGCCUUACACCUCAUCACCUGGAAACUGUAGCGAGGAGUUUGACGCGACAAAGUAACCGCAGCUGAUUCGGUAUGUACAAACAGCUCCAGGUCAGCACAGGUCACAUCUCAUUUCUGUGAUUUGGGACCAGUCCAUUUCAUAUCUGUGCUGUAUGUAUACAGUAUAUACAGUUUGGGAAGACCUGAAGCUCCAUACUGGUUGUUUUGCAUGUUUUAGCCCAAAACUUUAAAUUUUGGCUGCUAAACAGCAGCCGUUAUAAUGCAAGAAAUCUUUGCUUUGUCCGUGGUUGCUGAUGUUUGUUUGCAACAUUGCUCACUGAUACCAUGGUUUUCGGCAGCUUGCUGUUAAAGGGGCACUCUCCACCAAUUUUACACAUGAAGUUCAGUGUACCCCUCAUGAGCAAUGAUUGUAUAAAGAAAGUUUGCACUACAGCUCCCUAAAAGUGAAGCCAUAGCAGGAAUAAUGUAUGUGCAGGAAUGUUUCAAAUUAAGUUAAAAGUAUUGCAUUGAGGUACAACUCAUUCGCAGUAAUAUCUGAUCUGCAGGUCUCGAAAGGCUCUAUAGCUUUCUCACAAACAUAGAACAUGGUGACUAUUGAUUCGUUUCGCUAAGGCGUCUGCAGGUGGCCUUGGAUCGUAUUAUAUUUUAUACAAUGAAAUACAAUAUUUGUGAGAAUUACAUUUGUGCAAUUAUUGAAAAAGUUCUUAAUGAAACACCAUAAACAAAUGCUUUCAAUAUGAAAACGUACUACGGAAUAUCGGCUGCCAUCUAUUCACCAAAAAGUUCUGUCAGGUCGAGGAGGCUAUAAAAAGUGCACCUAUUGCAAACCUAAGCAGACAGCAUCCUUUUAUUUCUACUGCUACUGCUGUUACCUUCCAACAUCUCAUUUCCAAUGAUGUUGAGCAUGCGUCUUACCUCAUAGCUCCCAGCGGGUCAAAGAUGUGUCCCAGCCUUAAUUCGAUGGCCUCGAUUGCAACUGCACACACUGAUGCUCCAAAUGAUAUCACAGCGCUCGUACCAGAAAUUUUUGACUUUUUGGCUUAAUUUUUGUUGAGGAUGGGGAGAUGCAGUGUAUAGCUUUAUAUACAUGCUGUGGUUAAGAGGAGAACUACUCAGCCUGUAAGAACAUUUGCUUAAUGUCUUCUGUGGCUCUGGAGGGAGCUUUCGAAAGUCUGAGACAAUGUGGGAUCUGGUGUUCUUGGAGCUUGACUUGUAUAGGGACUAAAAGUCAGGAUAUCUUUGCUUUCUGCUGCUACGGUUUUGAUUUUUUUUUUGUAAUCAGUCUCUUGUGAGGCUCCCAUUUUUAUGGAUGUGCAAUGCCAAAUCACUGGAGUACCUCUUUAAUGCUUGAAUGUUUGAACAUCCUUAAAUGCGAGGAGAGUUUGAAACUGUCCCUGCUGACCGCCACAGGGUCGUAUCACUUUAAUGUGACUUGACAAAAAAUAUAUGAGACUGUCAUAGAUCAUGGGACAUGUUAGAUUUAUAGCGUCGUGAAAUCAUUUGAAACCAGUGGCAGAGAAUCAAUUUAAAAAUUUCGUUGCAUGUUUUGGAAGAUGGUCAUUAAUUAAGUAAAAUAUAUGUAGUCAGCGGGCUAAAACACACCAAACCACCAGUAUGGUCUUCAAAGCUUUGAGACUACGCAGACCCUCAGUUGGAGUUUCUUUUUUUUUUUUCUUCCUCUUUUUCUAGGUUUUGAGAUUUUACGCAUGCUGGAGUUCAAAUGGAUUGGACCCAAAUCGCCUCGUCUUCAUAACCUCUUCAUGUUAAAGCAGAAUGUAUUCGCUUUUGUCUUUCAUCAUAUUUAUGAACUUUUUUUUUUUUUUUUAAAUUUCACCAUCAUCAGAAGGAAGUAAAAGUGAUCAAAGGUGUUACUGUUUGUUUUUUAUAUACAGUUAUAAAUGGCUUUCUGCAACUCAAUAAAUAAGUUUGUAAUGGA